AUGGGCAAUGCUCGGCAGAAGCAGAGGAAGCACCAGGCGAACCAGGCGAAGCUUCAGCUUCUGACCGACGCCCUCAACCCAGGGGAAGCACUUCCAUGCUCAUUGGCCCCGCUCAAAGAGCAGCUGCUGCCGUGCGUGAAGCGCUUGCACAAGGCGCGGCUUCCGGUGAAUUACAGUGACGAUUACUUCCAAGAUGCGCUAAGCAGCCCCUGGUGUAUGACGGCUUCGCACCAGGGCAUACUUGUUGGAGCCCUCAUAUGCAAGGAGAUGGAGGGAGGGCUUCGUGUGCAGAGCCUGGUCGCAGAGGUGCCGCGCCGCGGCAUCGGCUCCAAGCUGCUGAAGGCUCUGGUGCAGAGGGCGCAGGCCAAGGGCAUCCUGGAGUUUUCCCUGCACGUCCACGUCAGGAACCAGGCAGCUAUCGCCUUGUACGACUCGAUGGGCUUCAGGACCUCAAUCACCAAGUCCAACUAUUAUCACCGCAGCGCUGCUACUUUGGAGGCACCCCUUGAUGCUCACUUCAUGGUCAAGACGCUCGCGGUCGAUGAGCCGAGUGGCGCACUCCCUGCAGUUACGGAGAUCUCCUCAGCAGAUGAAUCUGCGUGA